AUGGGUGGAAGAGUAUAUGACCCAAUCCACGACGUCUUCCAGGACACUACUGCUAGUACAACAGAGAAAGGAGCACCAGAGAAGACUGAAACAUCAACAACCAGCCAUUCAAUGCCUGUUACUUCAUCAAUAGCAAUUACACUAAAUAGUGACGAUGACGACGAUGAUGAUGAUGAAGAGACGAACGACGAAAGUGAUACUCAUGAUGAUACCAAAUUGAGUAGCGAAGAUAUUGAUAGUAAGAAAACUAACACUAUGGAUAAAAAUUUAGCUCAAACGAAUAAGUUCUCCUCACAGAGAGAGUAUGCACCAAUGAUUAGUGCACUUAGAUACAACAGACAUUUAAAGAAGCCAGAUGGUGAUUAUUUUAGUCGUAAAGAUCUACAAUUUCAUUUCCUUGAAACUUUACUCGAUGAUAAAAGGUUACUUUUCACUAAUGUAUUCAAAGAUUAUUAUCUAAAUUCACUAGUUAAUACUCCUUCAGUGCCUUCAUUGUCUUCUUCUUCUUCUUCUUCUUCUUCUGCAAAUAAUGAGAAUUCCAUUAAAAAUAUUACUACUGGAAAUGUUGUAAAUGUUGGGGAUGAUGACUAUGAUGCUAGGAAAUUUAUGAAUCAUGAUAAAUUGACAUUUUCUCAACUUUAUAUCCUUUGCUUAGGGACCUCAACAAAAUCUUCUAAGAUUUUAAGGGAUAAAUUAUUAUCAGAUCGCCAAGUAGCAUUUUCUACUUGCCUUUUGGGUUUUUUAUUAAAUAUUGGUAGAUUAAACACUACCAUUAAUUUUUAUAUUGCAAUGACUUCACAAUUAAGAACAUUUCAUGCAAUACCUGCUUUACAACGUGGUAUUUCAGAUCCAAAAUCUCUUCAGGAUACUCCAAGAUUAAAAUCAAUCCUUAAAGGUUUACCUAUUGGAAAUGAUCCAAUUUCAAUAAUGGAUUUAUAUCAGCCAGGCCAUACAUGGAAAUCUGGUGUACCUAAUAUAAUAAAUUUAUUAUUUGCUAUUUGUGAUAAUGUAACUUUAGUAAAUUCAAGAUUUUUUGAUAAAAAAUAUCUUGAAUGGGAUAAUUCAAACGAUGGUAUGGAUCUAUUAUCAUUAUUUAAUGUUUUGGAUCAACCAAGGUUUAAAGUAGAAGAUAGGUCAAAUCUUUUAUUGUGGUUAGUUUAUAUUCAUUUGGAGACAGAUUUAUCUGAUGAAGCAAUCACCAAAUCAUUAAAACAAUUUGGGAAGCUAGUCAAAGAUCCAACUACUGGUAUAGAAUCAUAUAAGAUUGUCUUAGAGGAGAAUGAUAAAAGUUUGGAUGAAGAAGAUGUGGAUCUUCCAGAAGAAAUUGCCUUUGGGUUAGAACAAAGAGACAAAAGAAAAGAAUUUUUAGAUCAAACUCAAAAGGAAAGAAUUAAAGAAGCAAAGGAAAGAGUGGUUAGUCUUGAUAGCAAUUAUAAAAACGUAGUUGAUAAAGGAAAAAUUAAAAUAGAGAUGAUUACUUCUCCAAACCUUGAAUCUUCUGAAGCAUCAAGUACAGAGGUUAAACCUCAAACACAGACACCAAUAUCGUUUGUUCCAAAUUCGCCUCCUUUAAAACGUAAACGAAUAACUGGAAGUAAGAUUGCGAACAUAUUAAAUCCUGUAGAUAAUGAUGAAUCACCUAUAAGGUUAGUUCCUAAAGCUGAAACAACAACCCCACCAAAGACAGUUAAAGACAAUACUGUUACAAAUCAAAAUAAAUUCUCUACUGGAAAGUUUGAAGUAGCUUCGAUUAAGAAGAAGAGAAAGAGAAGAACAAAGGCAGAAAUGUUAAACGCAAAGAGAUUGGAUGCUGAGAGAAAUGGAUCCGACAGUAAUAAUAGUAAAGAUAUCACCCCUAUAACGUCCUCUACUACAUUACAUUAUAAUUCCGAGACUCCAACAACCCAGUCUCCAGUACCUAUAGUACAGACACCAUUACGUGAUUUCCGUCAAAGUACAGAAUAUAAAUCUGCAGCUAUGAAGAUAAAUGAGGAAAGAGUAAGUAAGAUGAUACGUUUAGAUGCUACUAAACAACUUGCUGGUGUUGAGAAGACUCAAAAAGAAUUUGUUGAAGAUCUAUUAGAUGCACAUGAGAUUGUUAGACAGAAGAGAAAAGAAAUAGGGUUGAUUAAGAUAUUUAAUGAAUAUGAAGAUAUAACGAUGGCAUCAGUAAUUGGUAUCCGUGGUAAGAAAAGAAAGAAGUUCCAGGAUGAGCUUCUUGGGUUUGAGACCGACUGUUUAAGAGAUUUUAUGGGUGCUAAGAAAAUCAUGCUAUAUAAAGUAGUCGGUCAACAAGAAGAAAGAGAUAUAGACAAAAAUUUCUUCAAAUUGUAA